AUGACGGAUCUUCGGAAACGGCAAAGUGUCCUUUUCUGUUGCCUCCCACUCUCAUCAUUGCUGCAUCUCGACCACACCUUCCAACAAUCGCGAACAAGUCAAGUCGACGACGAUACAGCCAUCAUGCCGCGACCGAUUGCUCAGGAAGCAGAGGACCCUGGCGCAGAGAGGAUUCCGUCUCGGGUUUCUGUUACUUCGUCAAGAAGAAAGUCGUCAUCCAACAGAAGUAGCCACCACAAUGACGACGAAGAAGGCAAGAUGAGCACAGGAGACAUGGAGCUCACCAACGCUGAUCUGCAAGAGUGGGAGGGCCGUCUGGCUUCGGAAGUGGACAACGACUUGUUCGACGACCCUCGCCAUUUCCAAACCAUCCACCGUGUGAUUGAUGUCUUGGGUUUGCAGUUGAUUGAUGAUGCUGCAUCUGUCGUGUCUGGCGCCACUACUACACACAGCGUGUUGGCUAGAAAUCCAGCCUACAGGGAUCUCAAAAGACAACAAGCAGUCGUUGAAGAAGCAAUCGAGCACAUGGCAUUGAUGCAUUGUGCCGACCUCAAUGGAUCUGUUAUUCGCGUAGGACAGGUCGCACGCAAAUUUACCGAAGCCGUCGCUACAGUAAAGAACCUUCGUCGUCAAGUCAGAGAUAUUCAAGAUACUAUUGGCGCCACUGCCAAUACAGCUGAUAAUGCUCGUGCCACUGCCAAAGGGACUGUCUCUCGGGAAGCUGCUGCAAAUGCCAUGUCCUUGCGAGAGCUAUGGCUAAAGAAACUGGAGUGUGAAGCGGUUUUGUCUUUACUCAACAAACUCGAUGUGAUUCGUGCUGCACCCAGUCGUUUUGACCAUCUCAUCCGUGCACCCUGUCGCAUCGGAGCCGCUGUUUUAUGUCUGAGUCAAGCUCUAGCAACCAUGUUUUCGGACGAUGUCGCUCAGGUCCAAGCCUUGCACAAGAUUAUGGAACAGCUCAUGUUACGCAAGCAAAAGGCAGAGGAGCUCAUUUGGGAUAUUCUACAGAGCGUAGUGUUUCUUCGAACAGCCAAUGGAUCCGAAAGUCAAUUGGAGGAUGGAGCGACAAUCCCCAGCCAUGGAGUUGAGAAUCCAUUUUUUAGCCGAAAAAUCAGCUUGGCGCCUGAUGACAUGGCUGACAAGGAUGACGACAGUGUAGGAAGUGUCGAUUCUGGGGCUUCACUGUUCAGCGUGGAAGGGGACUUUGCCGAUGAUGCCUCUGGUAAUGCAACCAGCUUGUCGGCUUCGACAAAGGGAGGGUCCACCACCCGAAAACAACUUAGCAUGAUGAUUCCCAUCCCAAUCAUUGAAGCAGAACUUGAUCUAGAAGCGGAUGAACGCAGGUGUCUGGAGCAGAGUGCUGCCUUGUACGGUGUGACGGCUGGCAUCCAAGAGGGCAAAAAUGCCGACCCAAGAAGCACUCGGUUGCCUCGCUAUGCUGACCCUGUUCUCUCGUUGAGGAUCUUGGUUGAAUGCGCCGCCACUUUGAAACGUUUGGACGACGUUGAGCGUUUGUUUUCCGAAAACCUCCUCACUGAAAUAAGAACAAUUGUGCAGCGCGAACAAGCUCGCACUUUCAUCCGUCUAGAGCGUCGAAGAGCUGCGCCCAUGAGAACAUCCCGGCAGAAGAAGGCAGAUCUCAAGGAAUUCCGCAGACACUGGACUGGUCUGUUGAGCGCGUUUGGGUGUGUGAUGCUGCGGCUUUCGCAUCUCGCUCAAAUCGUGCGAUAUCGAAUUGGCGUGGAAAACCAGAAUGUCGAGAAAUUCAGCAAUGCUACAUCCACGUUGAAGUCAGCGAUCACUACGGCCAACGAUCUCAUCCAAAAGGAGUUGAAAGACUUUCUCAGAGCCUGCACUGAUCCAAGUGCUCACGACAAAAUAGAUGGCAUGGACAAAAGCAUGGCAAGCAAAGGGCGAACGCGCGAGAGGGGCCUGUUUUCCCUUGGAAUCAUUGACGACGACGACGACGAUACGGGAAAGAAUGCUCUGCUGACGACGAGGAAGAACGUGAUGGAAAUGACAACCUCCAAGUUCGUAGCGACUGUGUUGUUCCCUCGCACCAAGACGACUCCGCAGGUCCACCACGCACUGACCUUUCGACGCAGCCUAGACAAAUGGACUUCAGAAAUGCAGGUUAUGAAAAAAGAGCUGUCUUUGAUCUCGGGUGAAACUGCUUCCGACGCGGCGGCGUCUGCUCCGCCAGCAGAGGAACCUGCCAUUGACUUCCUGGACAAAAUCAUCCAGAACCAUCUGCUGCCAGUUCUCCAGCAGGAAGCCGUCGAUGGUACUGUGGUUGCCUUGGAAAUGAACGACGCUUUUGAUCCCAUUUUGGACAGGACCGUCUUUUCUCGCCCCAAUUCAAAUGCCCCAAUGGAUGUUGACAUGUGCAAGGCUUGUUCCGUGUUGUACAACAGCACCGGAUCCCUCUUCGUUGCAAUCCAUCGUCUUCCCGACGGUGGCGAGAUGUACUUACCAAUGGUGUCUGUGUUGGAGCAUGUGGUCCUAACUUUCCUCUCGCGGGUCAAAGCGCAGGUUGCAAAUCUCUGCGAAGGCAAGACUGCAUUGCGACUCCUGUUGGAUAAGGGAAAGGGUGGGCUUGCUUCGUUCAGCUCCAUCCUAGAGAAGAGAGGCACAUUUACAAAGCUUAUGAGGGCAUAUGAUUCGAGCUCUAGUGGUAACAUCGUUUCGGAAGGCGGACAAAGUAGUGGAUCACAGAACAAAGACCCCUCUCUCAUGCCACUGCGCCCACCAGCUAACGACACGGAAUCACAUUACAAUCUGGAAUCUGGUCCUGCUUCAAACAACGAUGAGAUGGGCAGUCCUGAGGCAUCUAUCGAACGAGAAGAAUCUGUCUUCGCACAAGAGCUCCAGUACUUGAGACCUUUCUUUGACUUCCUGCUUGACAGCCACAGGAAUGGCAUUGUCAUGUGCUCAGAUGAAGAGUUGACUAAGGCGGCUUGUUUGGCUCAUUCUCUUCUGAAGGUUUCAUCCUUGCUGGAGACUCGCCUGCAUGUUCGUGGCAACGGAUACACCAAAACCCUUUCAUCAACCCGUGCCUUGCGUGAAGCCAUCAAGACACUCAAGCAGAACGGUAUCAAGAUGGCCAAGUUUUGCCGCAUUGAAAUGCUAUUGCAGACCAUUUCGAAGCUUUCCAAGAUUUGCAAGAGUUCCACAUUGAUUGCUAGGGAUGCUGUGCGUAUUCCGUCAUGCGUGAACGAACUUGGGGAAUACAUGACAGGUUCCAGUGACUAUCUGCGUGAAGCUGCCGGAAACGCGGUCACCGCGUUCUCCUUUUCUUGUCUCGAGCAAUACAUCCCUCUUUGCCUCAUGGAAACAGUUCGAGUCAUUGCAAAUGGCGAGGGUAUCAUCCUGAAAGCGCCGCUGACUAUGAAUGGUAUCGAGGCGCUCGACCGAAGCGGAUCAGUGUUGUAUCGCGACUUGAAGGGUGCAACGAGCUUUGAUGGUAGCUUUUGGGAUGUGGAGCUUGCAGCUGUUUCUUUCGAGCGUUCUGCCAGCUUGAUCGCAAUGAUGGAGUUGGAAGUCGAGGAGUUAUGCGCCUUCUAUACCUCGUCACCGGACGAGUUCUCGGACGAGGACUUUGAGCUGAUGUUCUCAAUGGAUGGUCCUCGGAGGCGGGGUGAUCUCAACCGUUUCCGCCUUCUGAAGCAGCAGAUGGGACGUCGCUAGAUACCUGUAUCAGGUAGAUGCUCUGUUCGAGUGCUGGACCUCUCACAUUGGUAUUUGAAACAUUGUGAGUCUUCUGAGUGUUCUAUGUAGCCUAUUAUUAUUACAUUACCAGGUACCAAUACCGUACAUGCGUUGCAUGCAUAGCACCUCGUGUGGUUGUCUGCUUGUUGUCAUUCCCCAACCCUGCCGGCAGCAACUUGAAAGAUACGGUAUCAUGAAGUGUUGAUUUGUGUUGCAUGAGUGCUGGCAACUUGCGAAAGCAAACGACGUAGUCCAGUUGUGUCAAUCCUUAACUCUAACGAAGAAUCGACCCAAGGGACAGGGGCAUGCACGACAAAGCUGAUGCACAGGGGUGACUCGAUCGAAAUCGACGUGCCACACGAAAUUCGAA